GCGACGACGCGAAAAAUCAAGUGCUCUCAAUUGAUAUUUUUCUGCAGUUAACUUGGCUUCCAAAUUCGCUCAGCAUUAUCGUUGAAAAUUGAUCGUGUUAGCUCGCAAACCGUCACCUAUUUCAGACGGCUUUGUUUUCAAACAUUCUCGUUGUUUUCGGUGCGUGUUACAUAAACCUUUUACCAAGCCACCCUUACUUAGGUACAAAAUUUCAUUAUGUCAAGUGCAUCGUAUCUGAUAAAUUCUUCUGCACCCUGCCUCAUCGCGUGACUCUGCGCAAAUUGUCCGCACGUUACCCCGGUGUUGGUAUUGGGCGUGACUCACCCCGGCGUACCGACUCGACAGAGUGCGGGGAUCGUCACGUGCGCUCCUACGCUGAGCGGCCGCCCGCGCCGGCGACCGGCCGCUGCACGGGACUUGACCGCCGCCUCAGCCGCCUCUGCCGCCGCCGCUAACGACAGGUCCCGUGCCGCGACCUGCGGCAGUGCUGCAGCUAGCAGCGGCGGCUUUCUCCCUCCGGCCGCCCGUCGUCCGGUCGGGCUGGAAUAGUUUCGCGGGUGGCCGCCAGGGGCGCUGCUGCGUCGUGUCGGCAGUGGCGGGCUGCCGGCGCCCGCCGCCAGUGAAGUCAACGCCGCGAUGAUGUUAGGACGGGUUCUCGGCACCGCGUGCCUGGUGGUGGUCGCGCUGGUCGCGGCGCCAGCCGCCGCCGAGCAAAGCUACGAGACCAUCGAUAACGCGCCUUCCAAGGCGGAAAUUGCCGAGAAGGUGCGAGACUUGUUUGACGAUUUCUUCGCCUGGCGACUGGAAGACAAUCCGGAGUUCGCCACUCAGCUGGGUAUCCACAAGUACGACAUGAACCUCAGCUCGUACUCGAUGGAGUCAAACGAGUACCGCUGGAACCGCUGCCAGGAGCUGCUCGAACAGCUGGAGGUCACCGAGGCCAUAUCACAGAGCUUCACCGACAAAAUCAACAUGGAAAUUCUGCGAGAGGGACUGAAAACCUACAUCAGGGGCUUCAACCACCUGGGGUUCCUGUUUCCGGUGUCCUACCUGGAUGGCGUCGGUACCAGCCUGGCUCUGCUGAUCGGCGACAUGAAGUUCAACACGGAGCAGGACUACCGGAACCUGAUCACCAGGCUGCAGAAGUUCCCCCAGCAGGCUGGCGAGAUCCAGACACUGAUGGAGAAGGGCAUCAACGAGACCAGGACGCUGCACAACAUCUCCAUGUACUCUGUGCCGGAGCAGUUCCGGGCGCUGGACAUGCCGGUGGAGAAGUCGCCCUUCUACGAGCCGUUCCUGGAGAUGCCGCCGUCCAUCAGCGCCGAGGUCCAGGAGGAGCUCAGGGAGGAGGCGCGCAGGGUGAUCCGCGAGGACGUCAUCCAGUCCUACAAGGACCUCGCCGACUUCAUCGAGACGGAGUACCUGCCGCACACACGUCCGAAGAUCGCGGCCACCUCUCUGCCCAACGGCGAUAACUACUACGCCGAGUGUCUGCGCUUCCACACGUCCACCGACCUGACUCCGGAGCAGAUCCACCAGAUCGGUCUGGAUGAGGUGGAACGCAUCGAGGCAGACAUGCGCAAGGUGGUCGAGGAACUGGGUCUGAACAUGACGCUGCAGCAGUUCUCCGACAAGCUGCGCACCGACCCGGCCAACUACUACGACAGCCCCCAGGAGCUGAUUGACGGCUUCACCACCAUCAUAAGGGACCGGAUCGGGCCCAAGAUGCUCACGGUCGUCCUCGAGAUGCCCAAACUGGAAGUAAUUGUGGACGUGCUGCCGGAAAAUCAGAAGGACGGUCUCUCGGCCUCGUACAACAUACCGGCCUUUGACGGCUCCAGACCGGGCAAGUUCAAAAUCAACCAGCACCAAUACGACAAACAAGCCAAAUACGAGAUGGCAGCACUGUCGGCGCACGAGGCUAACCCGGGACACCACUACUACUUCUCCUACCUGGUGGAGAAAGAAGGUCUUCCCGACUUCCGUCGCGCCGGCAGCGACGGGCCGUCCUACUCCGAGGCUCCCUCGGGCUUCCCGUUGAGCUCGGCCAUCGUGGAAGGCUGGGGCCUGUACUCGGAGUUCCUCGGCCACGAGAUGGGUCUGUACGAGGACCCCAUCGACAGGUAUGGCCGGUACAGCCAGGAGAUCUUCCGUGCCUGUCGUCUGGUGGUCGACACGGGCAUCCACGCCUUCAACUGGACGCAGGAGCAGGCGGUCGAGUUUAUGCUAAAGCACACGGCCUCGUCGCGCGCACAGGUGGAGCACGAGGUGCGCCGGUACAUCACCUGGCCCGGCCAGGCAUGCGCCUACAAGAUCGGCGAGCUGCGCCUCAAGGAGCUGCGUACCAGGGCCGAAACCGAGCUCGGAGAACUUUUUGACAAGCGCGUCUUCCACAAGGCGAUCCUGGACUGCGCCGGUCCCCUGUCUGUCGUUGAACAGUGUGUGCAGCGGUACAUUAACGCCGGCGGUGUAUGGGACGCCUGGGGCGAGCGCACUGUGCCCGGUCAGGGGCAGCCGACCGGCGGCGCCGCGGUGCCGUCUGCCGCCGCCGCCGCCCUGACCGCCGGCCUGGCCCUGGUGGCCGCCGCCGCACUGAGGCUGUGAUCCGGGACGGGUCAGGGUGACGAACGGGACGGGGUGGCACGGGCCGCUGGCAGGGGGCGGCCACAACUUCCCGGCGACUGUAAUUGCCGGCGUGGUGUCCCUGUUGGACGGCCGGGCCCAGCGCAGUGUCAGCUGCCUCCCUGGUGCCCGGUGUCGACCUACUGUGGGGCGUUACAGUGUGCCAAGCCGCGCUGGUGGCGGCGAGCGUGCCCGCACGCCGGAGAGCGGCUGCUUCAAUCCGGCCGGGGCGGGGGCGGGACGGGAGGGGCGAGGGGGGGGGGGGGCGAUCGUCGCGACACCACCGCGCAGCCGCCUGCGCCAACUGCUGUGUACAAUGUUUUUGUUGGCUCAAGACGCCACACAAAUAUACGAGGAAUGUGGAAA